AUGCAUGCGUUACACUAUAGAAGUGUCAAUGGAAUAGAACUUCCUUUGUACCUUGAACCAGGGCCAGUGACUAAACUCAGUUUAGACAUAUCAAAACCUAGAUGUGUGGAACUUACAUGGGAACCACCUAUCAGCACCCGAUCAUUUGAAUUUAUUGUGACAUACGAAUCAUACGAAUCAAAUUGCUCAUCACAACAGGUGAAAAGUGUAUUAUAUGAUGGAGGAAAUGAAUCGUCAAAAAUCAGCAUGGAAAUUUGUGAUCUAGUACCAAAAACUGAGUACACAUUUAGUGUAAAGGGGCAUGUCAUUAGGAAGGAAAGUAACGGAACAUUUACAAGGUGGGGUCACUGGAGCAAACCAAAUUUUCGGCAUAUCAUAACAAAAGAAGAUGUACCUGAUAUAAAUCCAAAAACAUCACCAGGACUAUAUGAGUUAUCAAACAGCACAAGUCAAAUGUCAGACGAAGAUGAUUAUUCUUUGCGAAUAUACUGGGUUCCACAAAAUGAAUGUCAACUACAUGAUUUAGCUGAUCAUGUGACAUACACUAUAUCCACUAGCAAUAGAAGUAAACAAGUGAAUCACCCUGAGUUUAUGGCAGAAAUGAAAGUCCCAAAGCAAAAGGUUUUCAAUGUAACCUUACAAGCAGCUAACAGUGUUGGCGUUUCAUCCUCCUCAAGUGUUAUUACAGUGUAUCAAUCAUCUAUGAUGGGUUUGCAUGGAUCAAAGCUCAUAAUUCAGUAUAAUAAAACAAGUGAAAAUUGUGUGACAUAUGCUGAUAUAGAGAUUGUGGAAACAAGUACCGACUUUACCGACUUACACCAUACUUUGGUCUGGUGUGAAGGAAAACAUAUUUGUGACUUCAAACUUUCGAAAGCAGUACUUAAAAAUAAAACAUCGUUUGUGUUUCCUGGUGACUUAUGCAAGAUUGACUAUCGCUAUGGUUUAGUAACCCAUGGUUACCAUAGGGGUCUAGGUCAAUAUGUGAAUACUGGAAUUCAAUGGGAAACAUGCACUUAUCAGUCUGGAAAUGUGCCAGACAAACCAUUGCAGAAUUUUAAAGUUGGAUCGCAGAGAGAAAAGGAAUUUGUGGUCGAAUGGACACCUGAUGAUUGUAAAGUGACAGAAGCUUAUAUCUUAGAGUACAUGAUCUCUUUCUGUAAAACUGAUAGAAAAGACAGAUGUGAUUGUAAAUAUGAGAAUAGAUAUGUGUCACGAGAAACCAGAAGUUACAAAGUAACAGAGUUACAGGCUGGUUCCCAUUAUUGUGUGCAGGUGAGAGCUGUCAGUAAAGCUGGAUUGGGACCAGUCAAUUCAUCCACUGUACUAAUAGAAACCGGUGAUCCAGAUUUUGCAGUUAUAGGUGGUUGUAUGGCUGGUGUUUGUUUCGUUUUGGCUUUAAUUUUCAUCAUCAUUUUCAGGUUUCGCAAAUGGUUUAAGGAUGCUAUCACAAAAUUAAGUGUCAAAGUACCAGAGACAACAACAGGAUACCAGGAAGAAAGUGUACCUGAACAAAUCUCGGAAUCAUCACCUAUGUUGUCAUCUGCAGAUAGUGGUGAAGAAUCUCUUAGAAAAGUUCAGAAACUACAGACACCUGAAUCUCAUGUUGGGUAUAAUGUUAGUGCAAUUAAUGAGAAACACUACAGUGCCAAUUUAUCAAACAAUGCCAAUAAACAUGAAAUCAUUAAUAUCGAAGAGGAUGGAGUGUUUGAUGAAGAUUUACAAGAUGUAAGGGACAAUGAAGACAUGGAAAUGCUGUGUAUGUCAUUAAAACAUAACAACCAUCAGACUACAGAUAAUUCUGUAUCAGCUGGAUCUGAUGAGAUAAGUUUAAAUGAAUUUAUUGAACAGAGAGAAGGUUCGGGAGAGAUUUAUCAAGAACUCCAUAGUGGUUCAACAGUAUCUGAUGAAAGUGACAUGGAAGACAUUGAAACAGAACUUAAUGAAAAUCUUUCCCCUGAAAAAGAAAUUAAUAGUCUAGAAUUACCUCAAUCAAAUAAAACUAAUAUAGACACGGAAAUGUCUGACAAUAGUGAUGAUUUAGCUCAAAAUGGAACUUGUCAGUCACCUGUGAUACAAAAAUGUGCAAUAAAUGAUCAGAAAGACUUUGAACAAAGCAAUACCGCAAAUGGUAUACUUGAAUCAAAGUUUAGUCAAUCCUAUUUUACCUCUUUCCUUGACACUGAUUCGGAUGUAGAGUGUAUCGAGGAUAUUGAGGUUGAUACUGUUGACAAUAUAGGUGGGUAUAAGGGAACAGACGAUGUAGGGGUGGAGGUGAGUGAAAGUGAAUGUGAAAGAGAGUCAGAUGAGGACUCUGAAAUAGAUAUUGGAUAUGAUAUGGGAGGGUACAAAAAAUCAGAAGAAGUAGAGGGAAUGAGUGAGCACUCAAGUGAGGAGGAACUGGAAAAUGAUAAUGUUAUAGAAGAAGCUGCUAGUCAUAAUAAACCUACUGAUUCUGUAGAAAUAUCUGAAGCUCCUGAUAAGAAAGACGACUUACUUGUGAACAAAAAUGGUAUUGUUAGGAAUGGCUUUAUUCCCAAGUUAUCUGAUACAGAUAAGAUUAGAAACAAUAGCUUGAGUGGUAGUGAUAACUCUCUAGCCAGUACUGCAGGCAGUAGUCAUGGCAACAGUUCUAGUGCAGUUAGUUAUGUUAAAGCUGGAGCUGGUGAUGAAUUGAAUGUAAAGGAAGAUGACGAAAGUGAAGUUCGAGAUUUGAAAAGUUUAAAAGUCAAUCUUAAAAACCAUACUGAGAAUGAUCGGAAAAAGACCGAAUUGAUAAGUGACAUUCCUGCACUAGAAAACUGA